UCACUUCCGCUUGUGCCAGUUGCUCGUGUGCGCGCCGAGAGUCCUGGUCUCGCGAACGCGUCAGGAGCGUCUCGAAGGCGGGAGCGCGCCCGGUAGAUGACAACAAAUUUGUCGCGCACUGUCGAAGUCUGUCUCGCCUCUGCCGCCAGCCCUCUGUCUGUCCCUCAGACUGUCUCCGGACCGACGGAGCGCUUCCGAAACUCCCGGCUUGGAGCGCCGGGUUCUGCUCAGUGUCCAGUCCCUGCCGGGCCUAGUGCGAGCGUCGCGACGCGGGCCAUGGGGUUGCCCUGAGGGACAGCGGCGGCGAACCGACAUGCAGAGGCCACCGCGAACCUAGACCCCACCGCGGCUUGGGGACGCCGGCCGGACCCUGAGGCGUUGCCGCUGCCUUGAGCCCAGGUCGGAUCCCCGAGUCGCCGCUGCGUGCAGCCCCGGGCCCCGCCAGCCUCACCAUGCCUUGGCCAUUUUCAGAAUCUAUCAAGAAGAGGGCCUGUCGGUACCUCCUGCAGAGGUACCUGGGCCACUUCCUGCAGGAGAAGCUGAGCCUGGAGCAGCUGAGCCUGGACCUGUACCAGGGCACCGGGUCUCUCGCCCAGGUCCCCUUGGACAAAUGGUGUCUCAAUGAAAUCCUGGAGUCAGCAGACGCACCGCUAGAAGUCACCGAAGGAUUUAUUCAGUCCAUUUCCCUGUCAGUCCCAUGGGGCUCCUUGCUUCAGGACAACUGUGCACUGGAAGUGAGAGGACUGGAGAUGGUCUUCCGGCCUCGACCUCGAGUAGCAACUGGGUCUGAGCCUAUGUACUGGUCGAGCUUCAUGACCAGCAGUAUGCAGCUGGCCAAGGAAUGUCUGAGCCAGAAACUGACGGAUGAGCAAGGAGAGGCGUCCCAGCCCUUUGAGGGGCUGGAGAAGUUUGCAGAGACCAUCGAAACAGUACUAAGAAGAGUGAAAGUCACCUUUAUAGAUACUGUUUUGAGAAUUGAACACGUGCCAGAAAAUUCCAAAACUGGAGCUGCGCUUGAAAUCCGAGUAGACAGAACUGUGUACUGUGACGAAACUGCCGACGAGUCCUCAGGAGUCAAUGUGCAUCAGCCCACAGCUUUUGCUCAUAAAUUGUUGCAGCUCUCUGGAGUGUCUCUGUUCUGGGAGGAAUUUUCUGCUUCAGCAAAAUCUUCCCCAGUGUGUUCAACAGCACCAGUGGAAACUGAGCCAAAGCUAUCACCUAGCUGGAACCCCAAAAUUGUUUAUGAGCCACACCCACAACUAACUAGAACGUUACCAGAGAUUGCGCCCUCGGAUCCAGUGCAGAUUGGAAGGCUGCUGGGCAGGCUGGAGUUGAGUCUCACUUUAAAACAGAAUGAAGUGCUUCCAGGAGCCAAGUUGGAUGUUGAUGGACAGAUAGACUCCUUUCAUCUCUUCCUGUCGCCAAGGCAGGUACACCUCCUUCUGGAUAUGUUAGCAGCUAUUGCUGGACCAGAAAAUUCUAGCAAAAUAGGGCUAGCUAAUAAAGACAGGAAAAAUCGACCCAUGCAGCAGGAAGAUGAGUACCGAAUUCAGAUGGAGUUAAAUCGGUAUUAUCUGAGGAAAGAUUCCCUCUCUAUGGGUGUGUCUUCAGAGAAGAGCUUCUAUGAGACGGACACAGCUCGUACACCUUCUAGCCGUGAAGAAGAAGUUUUCUUCUCCAUGGCCGACAUGGACAUGUCUCACAGUCUGUCCUCUCUUCCACCCCUUGGGGACCCACCACACAUGGACCUGGAGCUAUCGCUGACUAGUACAUACACCAACACACCUGCAGGGUCUCCACUCAGUGCCACUGUGCUUCAGCCAACGUGGGGAGAGUUUGCCGACCACAGAGAACAGCCAGUAAGAGGGCCAGCAUUCCAGUCUGACGUGGUCCACCCAACAUCUUUGCAGAAAGCCGCUCUCCCCUCUAGGUCUGUUUCCGUGGAUGAAUCCAGACCUGAGUUCAUCUGUAGGUUGGCUAUUGGCAUAUUCUCCGUCUCCGUGCUGCACAUCGAUCCUUUGUCUCCAGCAGAAACGUCUCUGAACAUCAAUCCAUUGACUCGCAUGGCCAUCGAUUUCUUCUCUUGUAUAGAAAAGAUGGACCCAACAGUAUUUUCAACAGGAGAUUUUAAGUCUUUCCGAGCAGUUUUUGCCGAAGCUUGUUCACACGAUCACCUUAGAUUUAUAGGUACUGGCAUCAAAGUGUCCUAUGAGCAGAGACAGAGAUCAGCCUCCCGGCACUUUAGCACCGACAUGUCUGUUGGGCAAAUGGAGUUUUUGGAGUGUCUGUUUCCAACAGAUUGUCAUUCUGUCCCUCCUCACUACACAGAGCUUCUAACGUUCCAUUCCAAAGAAGGGACUGAUGCCCAUCUUCCCGUGUGUCUUCAGCUUCACUACAAGCACUCCGAGACCAGAGGGCCCCAGGGUAAUCAAGCAAGACUUAGUUCAGUUCCUCAAAAGGCAGAAUUACAAAUUAAAUUAAACCCCGUGUGUUGCGAGCUGGAUAUCAGUAUUGUGGAUAGGUUAAACUCCUUGCUUCAACCACAGAAACUCACUACCGUGGAGAUGAUGGCCUCGCACAUGUAUGCUUCAUAUAACAAGCAUAUUAGCUUGCACAAGGCUUUCACUGAGGUGUUCCUAGAUGAUGCGCACAGUCCUGCCAACCGUCGGGUGUCUGUGCAAGUUGCCACCCCAGCGCUGCACCUGUCUGUUCGCUUCCCUAUUCCCGAUCUUCGAUCAGACCAGGAAAGAGGACCCUGGUUUAAGAAGUCACUUCAGAAGGAGACCCUUCAUUUAGAAUUUACAGAUCUGGAGUCCAAGACAGAGUUUGUGGGAGGAUCCACCCCAGAACAAACUAAACUGGAACUGACUUUUCGAGAGCUAUCUGGGUCAUUCCAGGAGGAAAAAGGAGAGCCGUCUGUCAAGUUUUUCCAUGUGUCUGGUGGAGUAGAUGGAGACACAGCAUCUUCAGAUGAUUUUGACUGGCCGCGAAUGGUACUGAAAAUAAAUCCACCAGCCAUGCAUUCCAUUUUGGAGAGAAUAGCAGCUGAGGAGGAGGAAGAGAAUGAUGGCCACUACCAGGAGGAGGAGGAAGGAGGAGCUCACUCCCUGAAAGAUGUCUGUGACCUGAGGCGGCCAGCCCCAUCUCCCUUUUCCUCUCGUAGAGUAAUGUUUGAGAAUGAGCAGAUGGUGAUGCCGGGAGACCCUGUGGAGAUGACAGAGUUUCAGGAUAAAGCCAUCAGCAACUCGCACUACGUGCUGGAGCUUCUGCUACCCAACAUCCACCUGACACUGCCCAACAAAAGCUUUUACGAGAAGCUCUAUAACAGGAUCUUUAAUGACUUGCUUCUCUGGGAGCCAACAGCUCCUUCACCAGUGGAGACACUUGAAAACGUUUCCUAUGGCAUCGGGCUCUCUGUGGCCAGUCAGCUGAUAAACACCUUCAGCAAAGAUAGCUGCAGUCCCUUUAAAUCUGCAGUUCACUAUGAUGAAGACAGUGGAUCUGAAGAAGAGACUUUGCAGUAUUUUUCUGCUGUUGAUCCCAACUAUCGUUCCCGUAGGAAAAAAAAGUUGGACUCUCAGAACAAGAACUCUCAGAGCUUCCUCUCGGUGCUUCUGAGUAUCAAUCAUGGACUAGUGGCGGUAUUCACUGAUGUGAAGCAAGAUAAUGGAGAUCUGAUGGAGAGUAAGCACGGUGAAUUCUGGUUAGAAUUCCAUAGCGGCUCGUUCUUCUGCGUGACAAAGUAUGAGGGCUUUGAUGACAAGCACUACAUCUGCUUGCAUUCCAGCAGCCUCAGGCUGUACCACAAAGGCAUAGUAGAUGGAGCCAUUCUCCCUACAGAGGCGCGCUUGCCCUGUUCCACCCGCCCACACUGGCUGGAACCUACAAUUUAUUCCUCUGAAGAAGAUGGCCUCAGCCGAGCUGCCUCAGAUGGUGUUGGGGGAGACAAUUUGAAUAUGCUCUCGGUCGCAGUGAAGAUCCUGUCUGAUAAGUCCGAGUCCAACACGAAGGAGUUCCUUGUGGCUGUGGGGCUGAAAGGAGCCACUCUACAGCACAGGGUGCUGCCUGCCGGACUCAGUUGGCACGAGCAGAUUUUAAACUUCUUGAACAUUGCCGAUGAGCCUGUUUUAGGAUAUAACCCUCCAGCUUCUUUCACAACUUUCCAUGUCCAUCUUUGGAGCUGUGCACUUGAUUACAGGCCCCUUCACCUGCCGCUCCGAUCCCUUCUUACUGUCGAGACGUUCAGCGUUUCUAGCAGCGUUGCCUUGGAUAAAUCUUCCUCUACUCUCAGAAUCAUCAUGGACGAGGCUGCUUUACACCUGUCAGACAAGUGUAACACUGUCACUAUAAACCUGAAUCGAGAUUAUGUUCGUGUGAUGGACAUGGGACUUUUAGAGCUGACCAUAACUGCAGUAAAAUCAGAUUCUGAUGGAGAACAGACUGAGCCCCGCUUUGAGUUGCACUGUUCCAGUGACGUCGUUCACAUCAGAACAUGCUCAGACUCGUGCGCUGCCCUGAUGAAUCUCAUUCAGUAUGUCGCAAGUUACGGGGACCUGCAUGCACCUCACAAAGCAGAGGUGAAGCCUGGAGUCCCACAGAGAAAGCCCAAGGUAGAUUCCAGUGCUCGGUCAUCUUCACAUGGUCCAGUGCUUCCUGAAGCGGAUCAGCAGAUUUUACGGGACCUGAUGAGUGACGCCAUGGAGGAGGUUGAUCUGCAGCAGGCCUCUGCCCCUGUCGAACCACAGGCUAAUGGUGUCCUGGAUGAAAAGUCUCACACUCCGGAGCCGUGCUGCUCAGACCUCUUCCUGUUCCCAGAUGAGAGUGGGAAUGUGUCCCAGGAGUCCAGCCCUGCCUAUCCGUCACUCACUCACCACUUGAUCAGUGACACGGUAACAGGUGCCACCACUGAAAACGAUGACUUCUGUAUUCUUUUUGCACCAAAAGCAGCCGUCCAGGAGAAGGAAGAAGAGCCAGUGAUAAGGAUCAUGGUUGACGACGCCAUUGUGAUAAGAGAUGACUAUUUCAGUCUGCCCAUCGCGAGGACGGACAGCAGCAGAGCACCGCUCCACUUCCCCAUCCCUGCCAUCCGAUAUGUUGUCAAGGAGCUCUCUCUGGUGUGGCAUCUUUAUGGAGGCAAGGACUUUGCAACAGCUCCUCCAACGUCUCCAGCUAAGAGUUACAUUAGUCCCCAUAGCUCACCUUCUCAAACACCUACAAGGCAUGGACGUCACACAGUCUAUGGGGGCAAAGGAAGAAACCAUGACUUUUUAAUGGAAAUACAAUUAAGCAAGGUGAGGUUCCAGCAUGAAGUGUACCCUCCGUGCAAGCCGGAAUGUGAGGCCAGCCUCUUCGAGUACCCAGUCUCCAGGCAGGUGUUCAUCGUCCAGGACCUUGAAAUUCGAGAUCGGCUGGCAACAUCCCAGAUGAAUAAGUUUUUAUACCUGUAUUGCAGCAAAGACAUGCCUCGAAAAGCGCAUUCCAACAUGCUGACAAUUAAAGCAUUGCACGUACGUCCAGAGUCUGGCAGGUCACCACAGGAAUGCUGCUUGAGAGUGUCCCUUAUGCCACUUCGCCUCAAUAUUGACCAGGAUGCUUUGUUCUUCCUCAAGGAUUUCUUCACAAGUCUUUCUACAGAAGUGGAGCUUCUACUGACUCCAGACCCAGAAGUUACAAAGUCUCCUGGAGCUGAUGUCACCUGCAGUUUGCCAAGGCAUUUGAGUACCUCAAAGGAGCCAAAUCUAGUUGUUUCUUUUCCUGGGCCAAAACAACCUUCCCCAAACCAUAGUGCCAAUUCAGUGGAGGGCAGCAAUGGACUGGAGGGGGACUUCUCAGCUGACGAGACUCCAUUUAGUGACCAGCCAGUGUUCUUUAGAGAAUUCAGGUUCACGGCAGAAGUCCCCAUUCGGCUUGACUACCACGGCAAGCACGUGUCCAUGGACCAGGGUACAUUGGCUGGGAUUUUGAUUGGCCUGGCCCAGUUGAACUGUUCAGAGUUAAAGCUGAAGAGGCUUUUCUAUCGGCAUGGUUUGCUAGGUAUUGACAAAUUGUUCUCAUAUGCAAUCACGGAAUGGCUCAGUGACAUUAAGAAGAACCAGCUACCAGGAAUCCUGGGAGGUGUUGGCCCUAUGCAUUCACUAGUUCAAUUAGUACAAGGCCUGAAGGACUUGGUGUGGUUGCCCAUUGAGCAGUACCGGAAGGACGGCCGCAUCGUCAGAGGCUUCCAGAGAGGCGCUGCUUCCUUCGGUACCUCGACUGCAAUGGCUGCCCUAGAACUCACAAACAGAAUGGUCCAAACCAUACAGGCAGCUGCAGAGACCGCGUAUGACAUGGUGUCUCCGAGUACCCUUUCCAUUGAGCCCAAGAAGGCAAAGAGAUUUCCUCAUCACCGGUUAGCCCACCAGCCAGUAGACCUGAGGGAAGGUGUGGCCAAGGCCUACAGUGUUGUAAAAGAGGGAAUCACAGACACAGCUCAGACCAUCUAUGAAACGGCGGCUCGAGAGCACGAGAGCAGAGGGGUCACCGGUGCUGUGGGUGAAGUCCUGCGGCAGAUCCCACCGGCAGUGGUCAAACCCCUAAUUGUUGCCACCGAAGCAACAUCCAAUGUGUUAGGUGGCAUGAGAAACCAAAUUAGACCAGAUGUUCGGCAGGACGAAUCACAGAAAUGGCGCCACGGGGAGGACUGACCUUGCAAUGUGACUGCACACAGUGUGUGUGACUGCACACAGUGUGUGGGGCCGAGGGGCAGGCGUCCCAGUGGCAGCUUCAUAGAAAACUAGCUUAAUUUAUGUGCUCAUCUCAGGAACAAAAGCAGUUCGUAGUAAAACAAUUCAUUGUCAAACAACACGCAGCCAAAAACUUGUGACAUUUUAGGGCCUGGCACUUGCCUGCGGGAGUGGCUGGUGGCUGGUAUCACAGUCACUAGAGAUUUGCUGCCAUGUUUAAUGCUUGCUUUCAUUACAGUGACUGGUUGUUCUUGUCACUGACAAGCUCAUUGGGAAUGUGUCUGUGGACAGCGUGGAGUCCAUAAAGAAAGGGGAGCACUCCUCAUAGUUCUGGGAGUUGAUUCUUCAGCUGACAGUGACAAGUCACAGGGAGAGCAAAGCAGCUAGGGCUCUGGUGACAGGUGGAGGACAGCUUCGCCUCCCCUCAGGGCUGCCGCUCCAGUCGCCUGGAGAAAGUGAGUGUCACAGACGACAUGUGCUGUGCUGCACUUUAUCUUCCGUGUGUGUGCGUGUCUGUGUGGUGUCUGUGUGUGUCUGUGUGUGCACACAUCUGUAAUAUGACGCAAGGUGUGCUGCUGUGUUGUGUCAUUUACAAGGUUAUGUAAAUACCAUGUGAAGUAAAGAUGUCUCGGAGUUUUUGGUAAAGGAAGGUAACCCUAGUGUAAGUCUCUGUAUCCUAAAUGCAAGUGAGACUGUGAGCGCUGAGGCGGACUGCAGCCCAUGCACUGCCUGUGUGUCCAUUAAGUACAUAGUGCAAACCGUUAGUGUCAAGGGUAUUGGAAGUGGGCUUCAUUCUUAGAAACGUAAAUAAAAAUACUCCAAGUAUGUUCUAGCCGACUAAUUCAAAGUACCAUUUUUACUUGGUUAAUAAUGUACAUUUUGAUAACCUGUUGGGAAUGAAUAAAGUAUUUUUAUUUAAAGGUAAGAUUGUGGUAUACGUCCAUGAACAUUUGUUUCUCUUAAAGCAUAUUUGUUGAUGCAGUGCUCUGACCCAAGGACAUGUGGAGAUACCUCGGACGGGAGCUGACGUUGUCUCUGUAACUCAUUAGGAGGAGUAACUGUGUGUGACCUGUGCCUAGGGAGUAGCCCAACAAAGCGACCUGGGACUGUUGCAUUCCCUGCUAUGUGGAGCUGCAGGCUCUCCCUCUUGGUUUCUAAGUGUUGGUGCCUCUCGGGAUGCUGGACACCACAGCGGCAUUCGGUUUGUGCAUGAGAAAGGAAGUCAGUUUCACCCUCUGAGAACUCGGAACAAGGAGCCAGGCCAACCUCGACUACAGCCAAAAACCCCAACCUCUAGAGCUGGUAAAAACAAUCAAACAGUCUUAUAAAUAUUUGCAUACGUUUGAUUUCCUCGUGUUGCCUGGAAACUUCAAAAGCUAUCUUGGAGCGCUACUGGUGGGCCUCGUGGAACUGCUGGCUCUUUUGUCCUUGUUAGGUGGGGCCCGUGUCCUUUAAGGCCCUGAGCAGGCCGCAGGGAGCAGUGGCAUUUGUUGCCAUGGCUGACUAGCCUGUAUCUGCCCCCUAAUGGAGCAGGCAAUGUGUGUCAGCUGUCGCAUCUGGCCAGGCUUUCCCUGUCCCUCUCUCCUCCGUGGUUACAGUUAAGGUCAGUGUCCAUGGAAUUAAUAAUGUCCCUUUGCCUUGUCCAGACAGUUCUUCCAGCUAGUUAAGAAGCCAUUGUAGCUGGGCGGUGGUGACACACACCUUUAAUCCCAGCACUCGGGAGGCAGAGGCAAAUGCUUCUAAGUUAUACAUCUGCUGUUUUUUCUUUUAAAAGGUGUCUGCUCAGACUUUGGUGUUGUGAUUUCAUAUAGUGUGUUGGGUUGCCUCGUCUGCAGUCACCAAGCAAAUGGCUUCACUUGGCCAAGACACCUCAUCUCACUCAGCCCCAGGAACCCCCCUGUAAAGGAAGAGGUUUCUUGGGACAAGGCUUGUGGGAAUUUCUGGGCAAUUAGGUCACAGUGACAUGUACACAAAAUGUGCCCAGACUUGCCAUGUUGGACUGGUGGGCACCGACACAUGGACCCUGGCUGUGCCACCCCAUUGCAGCUGUGGGCUGCUCCAGGUCUCUACUCUCAGAAUGACACCUUCAAGGUCCGCCACCUUGCUGCAUGGUUGAAUCCACCUAUUGCUGUUGAGGUCCAUACAGAGCCCUCCCCACAGAAGUCAGGGAGGCUGCCCUAUUCAUGAUCACUCCAAUGUUCCGGCCCGGACUAUCACCGAUGGCAAAAGAGACCACAUCGAUGUGAAUGCCAAAUGGGACUGACUUAGAACCUCUACUUUCUUCCUGUCUGUUCUCAGACCCUUUUAUUCUGAGCAGGCAUACAUAGACAGACAUCAUAGCAGUAGACUUCCAUUUUAAUGGAAUAUUCCUCUGUCCCAGCCUGCUUCAUCUCUUGCCUGUAUUGAAUACAGUCCCUCAGAUCCCAGGGUUCUGGGGAUAAUGGGAAGUGGUCCUUCCCUUCCCUUCAAAUAAAGUCGCUUGAAAGGACUGAGUGAAGACAGGGUGGUACUCUCUCUGCAGCUGGACAGACCACUUGGUAUCAAAGUAAUCAAAUGCUAUGUUUGCACUUAGACUAAAAAGAUUAUUUGUAUAGUGUAGAGAAGUGUAUUGAAAAUGAAGCUUUUUUUUUUUUCUAAAUCAGGAAAUGUUAUUUGACUUUACAGCAAAGUCCAGUCACUAUUCUUGUAAGAACACUAGUAUGUAACUUGCUAGCCCUUCUGUGGACAUUUUGAGGGUGGUGCUGGGCACACUUACCUUUGAGAAAUUCCAUGUGCACAGUCGACAGUCAGCCUGCAUGGCUCAGACAUGGUCUCCGUUUGAAACAGAAAAAGCAUCCUCACAACUGCCAUGAAACCCUUCUUUGUGGGAAACUGUGGGCUCUUACUCAGCAUUUCACACUUUGAAUCACACCACUUCUGUGGAGGCAGGGCUCUGAGGCCGAUAUCAGCCUUCUCUGACCAACACGGGUUGGGCAGGUCAUUCACUUCAGUCAACAUCAGAGCUGCCGUUGCUGCAGUUCAGGUGUGCAUCUUGUCAGCUGUCCCUCCCGCCACCCGGCACGCUGUCAUAGUUUUCAGGCUCCCACUUGAGGUUUUCUGCUAGUCCUAGCCUGUCUCACCACACAGUUGUUCUCUCUGCUGAGUCUCCCGACUUUCGUAAGUGUGGCAACACCAGAUGUAAAUAAGAAUACUCCUCUGUACAAUUAUUUUUGUGAAACAUUUAACUUGUUAGUGUAACUGUAUAAAAUAUGCCGUUAAGAAUAUUUGUGAAAAAAUUAAAAUAUUUCCUCUUCA